AUGGCUACCAUCCGCAAAAAACUCGUCAUCGUGGGUGAUGGUGCCUGUGGCAAAACUUGCCUUCUCAUUGUGUUUAGCAAGGAUCAGUUCCCGGAAGUGUACGUGCCUACAGUUUUUGAGAACUACGUGGCCGAUAUUGAAGUCGAUGGAAAACACGUUGAACUUGCACUUUGGGACACCGCCGGUCAAGAAGACUAUGACCGCCUCCGCCCUUUGUCUUAUCCUGACACCGAUGUCAUUUUAAUGUGUUUCUCGAUUGAUAGUGCGGAUAGCCUGGAAAAUCUUGCAGAGAAGUGGUGUCCGGAAGUGAAGCACUUCUGUCCAAAUGUUCCAAUUCUAGUAGUUGGGAACAAGCGUGAUCUUCGUGACGACGACGCAGCAAUUCACGGUCUGACAAAAAUGCGACAAGAGAUCGUACAACCCGAAAAUUGCAGAAUGAUGGCUGAUAAAUUAAAUGCCUACGCUUACCUCGAAUGCUCAGCGAAGACGAAGGAGGGCGUACGAGAAGUCUUUGAAGAGGCAGCUCGCGCGGCGCUUCGUGCUAAACGAAAAGGGAAGAAAACUUGUGAAACGCUCUAG